GCUCACACCAGCAUGGCCCGUCUGCUGGAAACGACGGCCGAGACGGCUGCAUGGCUCCGUGAGCUCUACGCAUCGACCAAGACGAACGCCUUUGGCGCGUGCAAGGCUGCGCUGGCAGCUGCCAUGCUUGACGUGCCACCAAUGACAGCGGCGUCCCGCCUCCUGGCACUGGUCGCAGCGCUGUGGUACGAAGGCAGUGGCGACCUGCCACUCGCGUAUCUCGUGCUCAUGACCAUGGACGAAGCUCGGCACUGGGAAGCUUACGUCGACGAUACCGAUCUACAGGAGCUCAUCGCCAACGUCCUCGCAGCCGUCACACGUGGCCGCAUCGAGGAAGCCAAGGUCGUCGUCAAGGCCGUUGAAGUGUUUGCACUCGCGCCACGCCUGCAGGACGUCAGUUGUUUCGAGGGCUACGUGGCGUCCCUUGUGGCGGUCCCCGCGGGCCAAACGAGUGCGAUCAAGUGCAUCGCGCUGUGUCCGACGCACAGGUGGCCCUACGCUGCGUUUCUAAGAACGCUCGUCGAGACAAAGAGCUGGCCCUUGGCCGAUCAGCUCCUCAAACAAUCACAAAGCUCGCUCUUGCCAGACGCGCACCAAGAUCUCUGCGCGACGGUGAUUGCGCUGGCACUGGCUGCGGGCGAUAUGAAAAGGGCCCACCGGCUCGUCCAUGCGUAUGGACUCGUUGAUCGCUUUCCGGACGUUGAGGUGGCCUUUCGAUCCGAGUCGUUGCAAAAGCUCUGCGCGCAGCGCAAGUGGGCCGCCGCCGCGUCCUUCGUCGGAAGCAACUCCAGCCUCCAGAUGACAUUGUUGGAAAAAGCAGUUGCUGCUGGCAACGUCGAUCUCGCGCGCGAGUGGCACCAGCGGUUCAACUUGCCGGCCGAGGCGUUCCCAGCUGCCGCCCCCGCAACGACCUCGGCGAGCUUUGUGGUAUUGCCUGAGACUGUGCCCAUUGAUAUCUGCGAUGCGCAAGACGACCUUCGAGCGCUGCAAGCCAGUCUCCGCGACGCACUGGAGGCGACGACGCAACCCGUGCUUGUCGGCGUGGAUCUCGAAUGGAAGCCUGUCUACUCGAAAGGCGAGAGCUGCCUCGCGAGCCUCCUCCAGGUUGCGCUUCUCGACCGCGUCUUUCUCAUCGACUUGAUCAGCAUCGAAGGGCAUUUGAAGGCACUGGACGUUGUGCAGUGGAUGCUGGCCGAGCCGCGGUUGCUCAAGCUCGGCUUUGGCAUCGAGACCGACGUGCGCGUUCUCGCCGACACGUUCCCCGAGGUUCUCCCACAGGUGACAGUGCAGUCGUUGCUCGAGGUCGAUGUGGUCUUGCGCCACUUUUGCCCGACGGCGACGGCCAAAAGUCUGUCCGACGUUGUCGCGACCGUGCUCGGGGUGCCGCUCGACAAGACCCAACAAGUCUCGAAUUGGGACGCACGGCCCUUGUCACUGGACCAGCAAAUGUAUGCUGCGCUGGACGCGUGGUGUCUCGUCCGCGUCACCGAGUGCUUGGCGGUCGACGCCGCAGAAAUCUGGUUCCAGCCGCUCACGACAACGCUGCGUGUCACAGCGGCCUCGCCUGCGGACGCGGCAGCCCGUCGAGAGGCCCGGUACGCGCUGCAGCAGCGACUGCCAACGUCGAUGGCGAUGCCGGGCGCCGCGGUUGCCGAGCUCUUGGCGUCGACGCCGGACGCCAGUGUCGUCGUAUCGCACCUCUCGGCGGUUGAUUUGACGGCCGACCAUGUUGUUGCCGCCAACACGCUCUGUCUUUUUGCCAACGAUGUACCGAUGGUGGCGCUUCUUCCUCAAACGACCAAGCUCGAUAUGGGCUACUUGGCGACAGCGACGGGCGCUUCCCGGCGGUCCGUGCGACUCGCCAAAGCCACCGAGUGUCUCGAUGUCUUUGGUUACGCACCGGGUUGUGUCCCUCCGAUGGCCCACCGCAAGGCCAUGUCGUUGCUCGUCGACAGCUCCUUGGCUGCAGCGACGACACUUGUUGUCGGCAGUGGCGAGCACCACGUGGUGCUGCAGCUGUCGCUGGCAACGCUUCAGACCCUAGUCGACGUUCGCGUCGUAGCGCUGUCAAAGGCGUCGGCGGCCGAUACAGAGGUUGCCCCGAUGACGAACGCCAAGUUCUUGGUCGAUUCUCAUUUGGGUAAGCUCGCGCGCUGGCUGCGCAUGCGCGGUAUCGACAGCGUUCAGUUUACGCAAGGCGAGAACGACCGCGACGCUUUACUGGACCAAGCGGCCGCGGAGGCGCGCAUGGUGCUCACGACCGACCGUCGCCUGGCGGCACGCCGCAGUGCAGCGCCGUGCUUUCUACUAACGACAACCGAUCCGCGCGACCAGCUUCGCCAAGUGCUCCAGCAUUUCGGCUUGGGGCAGCACAGCUCGGUCGCGCCCACCUUUGUCCAUCCGCGCUGCACCCAGUGCAACGGCGAUACGUUCACGCUGGUUGACGCCGCCGUUGCGCAGACCAAGCAAGCGCUCUCGGACUCGACCCUGGCGCACAUCAACGAGUACUGGGUCUGCGACAAGUGCAACAAGGUGUUUUGGUCGGCGUGGAAGCGAUUUCAGGACGUUCGCUUUCAAAGCUCGAGUGAAUAACCCAUCACGAUGACAUGUCGACAUCGAAGUAGACAAGUUGUACAUGUCUAUAAUACGUCCACAAACUACAUGAAUCAAGUCGCC